CGCCCGCAUACUUCCCCAGUCGAGCGGCAGUGCGCAGGCGCCGCGCGCCGCAAAGGGAGCACAUUCUUCGUGCGGCCGUUUUCUUGCGCGCAGUCCACCAAACCAUCGGUAUGCGAGUCGCAACGGAACGGGGGGGUUGAUCGUGUCUCGUGCCUUAGCAACCGUGCUCAAAUCAAUGGGAUCCGCGACACACUAGAAUUUUUACGUGCACGAUACUGAACACUGGGCUGGGGUCUUGGACGUUGUACCGCAUAACGUAUUCUGGUCUUGAGUAAUUGUCGAUAUUCGGAAUAAAAUCCAUUAAUGAUGGCUGUGAUCGAGUGCGCCUCGAAGAGUUUGUUUAUCGGGGGUAUUGUUUUGUUGUUGGUGCUGUGCCGGGCGGGCGAGACGUACGCGAACCCGAAGGGAUGUGACGGCGUCAGGGAGGCUGUGACGGUGCUCAGGUUCCAGAAGCCGGUGCUCUCCAGGCCGGAGAAUGGACCGAUAUGCGGGGAUGAUUCUUGCUGCAGCGCCGAUUUGGAAUCGGAUAUGCGUCGUUCGGCUGAUCUCAACUUGGACAAGUUCUUCAGGGAGUCCAUUGUUAAGCUGAAUCUGCUGUUGGACACGCGGGCCAAAAAAUUCGAUGAGUUCUUCAGGAGCAUCAUGGACACGUCGAAGGUGGAGUUCCACGACAUGUUCAAGCGCACCUACGGCAAAAUCUACAUCCAAAACUCCGACGUCUUCAGCGACUUCUUCGACGAACUGGAACGUUACUACAAAAAGGGCACCGUCCGCCUAUCCGAGACGAUGGACACGUUCUUCGGCAUCCUCUACCAACGUAUGUUCACGGUGCUGAACUCCCAAUAUUCCUUCGACGACUCCUACAUGGAGUGCGUCUCUAAUCACAUGCAGGACUUGAACCCGUUCGGCGACGUGUCGUCGAAGCUGAGCCUGCAGCUGAGGCGGGCGUUCGUGGCCACCAAGAUGUUUUACAAGGCGUUGCAAACGGCGGCGAACAUCACCACCAACUUGCUGGACUAUAAGUUCAGCGACGACUGCAAGAAGGAGCUGACCAAGAUGCAGUACUGCGGCUUCUGCAAGGAGAAGCCGGCGAAAGCCUGCUCCGACUAUUGCUCCGUCACCAUGGGCAGGUGCUUCAGCGAGUUCGAGGAGUUCAGCGAUCGAUGGGACAUCCUCAUAGGAUCCAUCGAAAAAGUCGCUGAAAGGCUUCUUGGUCCAUACAACGUGGAAGCAGUGGUUGAACCCAUCAACAUUAAAAUAUCCGAAGCCAUUAUGAACUUCCAGGAGACUGGGGCGGAAGUUUCCAAAAAAAUUUACCAGAUGUGUGGCAAGCCAGCUCUGAACAGACAAAAACGAAGGGCUGAGUACGAAAACUCAGACAUAAACAGGAACAUGGAGAUCUCUCCCGACAAUCACAGGCCCCCAAAGAAGAAGCAGAAGAACAAUGUUGAGCACGUCGAUAAUACGCCCACCCUUGAGAAGAUCCUGAAGGAAAUUAAAACGAAAAUCCACGACACCCAGAAGUACUGGAUCAACCUGCCCUAUCAGUACUGCAACAACGAGAACGUAUCGGUGCAAACCAAUUCGUCGGCCCAGUGCUGGGCCGGCACCCUGGACAGCCAAGGACCCAAAGACGCCCAGUCCUCCACCCUCCUCAAAACCCAGAUCUACAUAAUCGACAGCAUGAACGACAACCUGAGGAAAGCCUACCACGGCGAGGAAGUGGAGAUGAUCGACGAAGAGCUGGUGGAGGGCUCCGGCUCCGGAAGCGGCGACGGCUACGACUACGACAGCGAGGACGACCUGCCCUCCGAACCGCAACAGCCCAAGGUGAUCGAUCCGGUGGUGCUGUCGCCGCCCAGGACGCCGAGCACCACGAGGGAGCCGGAGGUGGUUCGCACGUCUUCGGCCGGCUCGACGAGUCAGAUGAGUCUGACUCGUGCUUUGGUGCAGUAUGUGUUGCCGAUCAUGCUGGCAUGGUUCGGCGGUGCCAUAACUGACUUGCUGUGAUAGGCUGAUAAAUUUCCUUAAUUCUUCGCUGAUUUAGUGUAUAUUGAAAUUGUGUAAAUAAGGACCAGAUAGUUGAAGCAUUUAAUGAACAUUUGUGUGAUGAGUGUCAAUAAAUGUGGCCCGGUUGACCAUGCCUUUUGUAUACGAUUUGUAAUGAUCUAACUGAUAUGUGACUGACUUUUCGAAUGGUGCGUUUAGGUUUUAAUGAAUUUAAGCAAUUUGAUCGAUCAUUAUAAGGAAUUAGUGCGCCUGGAAAACCGACCUUUUUUCUUGUUAGAACCAACAAGAUUGAUCUGUGUAUAUAUGUUUUGUAAUAUUUCUCAUGUAAUGUGAAGUUUUUUAUGUAUUUAUAUUAACAGAAGAAAAUAUACAAAUUAAAUAUUUUAA